UGCCCAGUGGACACCUGGAGACCUCAGAGGUGCCCAGUGCCCACCUGGAGACCUUGGAGGUGCUGGGGGGGGCAUCUACCUACCUGUGCCUGCAGGGCCCAUGGAAGCAGUGGCUGAGGAGGAAGAUGAGGAGGAGGAGGAGGAGGAGGGGGAGGCCCAGGAGCGGCUCCUGCAGCACCUGAUGGUUCAGACAGGACGAGACCUCCCCCAGUGCCACCUGGAGCGGGACUGGGACAUACUGGGAGAACUGGGCAGUGGCUCCUAUGGGCACGUGGUGCUGGCACAGCCCCGGGAUGGGGGUGCGCCAGUGGUGCUGAAGCUGCUGCAGAAGGACCGGACGGGCAGGUGGGGCUUCCUGCGGGAGUUCUGCACCCACCUGUGCCUGAGGGGGCAGCUCACCUGCCUGCAGGUGCUGCCCCUGGCCUUCGAGACCCCCACCCACUUUGGCUUCGCGCAGGAACACGCACCUGCCGGGGACCUGUGCGGGCUGCUCACACCUGGGGUGGGCCUGCCCGAGCCGCAGGUGAAGCGCGUGGCCGCCCAGGUGGGCGCGGCCCUGGAUUACCUGCAUGGCCACGCCCUGGUGCACCGCGAUGUGAAACUGGACAACGUGCUGGCCUUCGACCCCCAGUGCCGGCUGGUCAAACUGGGCGACUUUGGCCUCACCCGCGUCAUGGGAUGGCAGGUGGGGCCCACCUGUGGCUCGGGCCACGCCCCCUAUGCUCCACCUGAGCUGUGCCACCUGCAUGCAGCGGAGACGCUGCGCCUGGAGCCCAGCCUGGACACCUGGGCCUUCGGCAUCCUCCUCUUCGCCCUCCUCACCGGCACCUUCCCCUGGGGGGCUGCCGCGCCACAGGAUCCCCAGUUUGGGGAGUUCCAGGUGUGGCAGGGCCACACCUGGCAGCCAGAUGGGCUCACCUGUGGCGGGGGGGAGGUACCGCGUGGCUGGAGGGGGUUGGGGGAGGCGGCGCUGGAGAUGCUCCGGAGGCUCCUCCGGCUGGAGCCCGACCGGCGGAGCCACGCUGGGGAGGUGAACAGGUACCUGCACAGGUGCUGGGGAGGGGGGGCAGAGGGGCCUGGCGGGGGUGGGAGCGGGGAGGGCGCACCUGGGGAUGGGAAAGAAACACCUGGGGAUGGGUUGGACACACCUGGGGAUGUGUUGGAAGUACCUGGGAGUGGGUCGGACACACCUGGGUAUGGGUCAGAUGCACCUGGAUAUGGGUCAGACACACCUGGGGAGGGCAAAGGAACAUCUGGGAAUGAACUGGAAGCACCUGGGGAUGGGUCAGAAACAUCUGGAGAUGGGUCUGGAACACCUGGAAGUGGGUUGGAAGUACCUGGGGAUGGGUUAGACACACGUGGGGAUGGGACAGAAAUACCCGAACAUUAGCUGGAAACACCUGGAAUGGGCUGGAAACACCUGGAAAUGGGAUAAAAGCAUCUGGAAGUGGGAAUGAAACACUUGGAAAUGGGAUGGAAAUACCUGGGAAUGGGAUGGAACUCC